AUGGGGUCCAUUUCAGACAUUCCUUUUCCUUGCAAUCAGCUUUCAAACUAGCUCGCACGUGACGUGCUGUUUUGAUCGUAGUUUGGAUUGCAGUAGUGCGUUGAUUGCGUUUGCUGACACUCCGCUACCUAAGGCUUUCGAGCGGAGACGAGAUAUGCGCAGCGCCUGCCGUAGAGAAGCGGCUCACUCCGCGAUCGCCAUCCACAAGGAUCCGAUCAAGAAGGAAGCGCUGCUAAAAGAGUCGGGAAGCUGUGGAAGAUCUCCGGUCGUCGAUUUCCUCGUCUCAGCUUGGGAGCGACAGCCGAAAAUGGACUAUGACAUAAACGUCAUAAAGGAAGGCUACUCAUUGCUGAGCAAGGACGGUCGCACCAUGGUAGCCAAUGGGACGUCUACCCUUGUACGUGGACCUGGCUUCAACAUCAUUGUUGAUACACUGUCUGCUUGGGACAGGGACUUCCUUGUGGACAGUCUCGCUAAGCUUGGUGUGUCCUGUGAUGAAAUCAACUAUGUGGUGUGCACACACGGCCAUUCGGACCACAUUGGAAACCUCAACCUGUUCCAGAGGGCCACCCACAUCAUUGGUACCACAGUGUCCAGUGGUGACGUGUACCAGUUGUGCACGUUUGAAAACGAUGAGCCUUACAGGAUUGCAACUGACGUCCAAAUCAUCCCCACACCGGGCCACACCCUGACGGAUGUCAGUGUCGUGGUGAAAACUGCAAAGCUGGGCACUGUGGCCAUAACAGGCGACUUGUUUGAAAAGGAGGAGGACAUUGACAACCCCAAGUUGUGGAAGGAUGUAGGAGGCAGCGAGGACCCGCAGAAGCAGUGCAACAGCCGUCAGAUGAUCCUGGAGGUAGCUGACUAUAUAAUCCCUGGACACGGUCCCAUUAAAGUCACCGACGAGAUGCGCGAGAAGCACGCGACUCUCUUGGAGACUCACAAAUAUGAAGACAGCAAUUGACAUGGCACUCGGUCUAGGAUGUCAUGUCAUUUAAACCCACGUUCGACCUUAGUUCGUUAUCGUAAUUGACACUGUCUGUGAUGAUGAGUGUGAAAUGGCAGGCAUUGACUCGAGAGGUGUGAGCUUACACAACCAGCAUUUCUAGAAAGCAAUUUUCAUGUGUGGGCAGACUUUGAAUUGUACUUUUAUAGCGGAAUUUUAGAAUAGUUCUGACACGUGGCACGACAGAUUUUUAUACAUGAUUAGAAUAGAGGCUAUAAGGAUUAGAUUGAGAAACAUAACGGGAUACCACUUUAAAAAAAUAGUCGUGUUACCACGAUGUUCAUUAUUUAAGUUUUUUUAAAUGUAAUACAGGUGAGAGAAUGUACUAGUCUACAAAGCAACGACUAGCUCUGCCACUCACUUGCACACUUGCAUGUCGUCCAAUUCCAGACAGGAGGUGUGCAUUGAAUUUCUACACACAAAUAGACAAGCAUAACGUAUCUCAUUAUGCAAAUGUUUGAACAUUCGUACGUAACAAGGAAUCUCGACACACUGUGAUUGUGUGUCUUAAGUGGCAAUGCUCAGUCUUUUUUUAAAUUUUGUUCUCGUUGUUGUGUUAAGUUCGUUUGUGCAAUAAGACCCAGACUGGAAUGUUCUCAGAAAGUAAUGCUGUGUAGCACUUAUAACGCUAAAAAAAAUGUGUAUGUUGCUUUAAUAAAAUUUUGUAGAUCAAUCGGGCAAAGUUUUUAGCUGAGUAUUAGCUUUUUUGUUUCUCUGCCAAUUGUGAUUGCACUCCCGGAAAACUCUUCGCCUGCCGCACUGUACGAAGCUGUUCUUAUAUGCCAAAGACAAACUUUAAAAGCAUUUCAAAGAAAACAAAUGACAGUAGUACUAUCUUAAUAGGUAGUUUUUUUGCUUAUGUAAUUCAAGAAAGCUUUUGUGAAUGAAAAAUGAAAUUUUUCGUAUUCUUGAAACUUCGUUGUCAAAUAUGAAUCUAGUUACAAAAGGUAUAGAAAAGAUAAAAGUCUUGAAAAUAUAAUUUUAUGUGUUCUCUCUAUUCAUUUCGUCCUGUAAAGGUUACUGUGCCUUUGCGUAACACAAUACACUGGAUAAAAUGAACAGUAUUGCAGCUGUGAUACACUAAUUGAUGUAGGAGACCUUGUUCUCGCAAUACUUGUAUUUGCACUUCACGAACUUCAUUGAACACAUUGAUGAGUGAAAAACGUAGUUAUAUCUGGGUAUUCUUUGGUCUUUAAUGCUUUUGAACUUCAAACUGUUUAAUGAUAACACUAAGCGCACGAGUCUGUGCACUAUUUUUUAUGAGUAGGAGUGAACGACAUCAGAGUGAGCUUCGGGACCCCGCAAGUUUCUUUUGGCGUCGUAGUGCAAUUUGCUGUAUGUUUACUAAGGAAGUGUCUCCUGUUUUCUGUGUUGUAGGGAUUGGCUGACAACAGUUUGUUUGCAGUAAGCAAACUUGUCAUUUGAAAGUGUGGAUAUUUUCUUGAGCUUUUGCUGAACAUUAUCAUGCAUAUGGUCGAAUCUGUAUAUAGUACGUUGGGCUUGAAAGGAUCGUGAAGUAUGUAGAUGAUUUGAAACUCAAGAUGUGCCUGUCUGAAGCUUAUCCACAAGGAUCUGCGUGUCUCAGACAGUUGCUUCUUGUCAUGAAAAGUGGAAAUUUACCCAUGUGUUCCUUUGAGGCUGUGCUAAAGGUGCGAAUGUUUAUCACAUGCUUGAGAGCUCACGUUGACAUGGAAGUGAUUGCUUCACUUAGCCACCAGGUUGCUAGAUCUCGUUUCAGAUCUCAUAACUUUGUGUAUCUUUCAUUGUGUUUCUUAGCUAUUCAAUAGCUUGCUUUAUUAACACACAUUUUAACAAUUAAGUCAUUAGAGCAUUAAAAGUUCAUUGACAUUCAUUUUUGCAUAUUUAAAAACUGUCUCAGCUGAACAAAUCGGACAGUUGGUGGUUUGCUUUUCUCGUUUUUGUUAUUUCAUUUUUUAUACUGUUAUUAUAGUUUCUCUUUCGUUGUUUGCAUGUCUAAAAACUCGUAGCAUUUUUAUGUACUCUAGCCUUGCUUCAGUGUGGGUACAUUAUGCCUCAAACCCAUUCCAACGGUUUUUCACUAAUGAUUAUUUGCACAUCUCUCUGGGACUUCAUAUUUGCCAUGCUGCCAUAUUUUAUUCGCAUUGUAGCGCUCGUGCACUGGAGCAACUGAGGCUUUUCUAUCGUCAUGGCUGGCAUGUGUUGUCGUAACAACCGCGUCAUCUCAAGCUUAGUUCAAGAGAAGUAACGUAAAGGAGCACUAACUUUGAAUUCUUAUUUCAGUGACCACUUCAGUUAGCUAUAAAGGGACUUUAAGGUAUCCUAAAGAUCAAUGCUCAAGAAAAAAAAUGAGUCUAGACAUAUGUGAAAAAAUUUUUAAGCAUUGUAAUACAUUAAAUAAAUUUACUGUAUGAGGUUGAUUACUAGGAAAUAAAAGUGAACUUUAAAGCAUCAUUUCUUUUUAAAAUUUCUGCUGGUAUGCAAGUGCCAAAUCUGAGUGCGGCAUUAUGCAUUUCAAAGUAUUUCUUGGUAUAUUUUGGCUAUUGGAGCACAGUCGAGUUGUUAGGACUUACUAGGUGUAGUCCUUGGCUCCAAUAAAAUAUUAUGUAAUCCACUUUUAGAAGAGAUAAACUAGGCCUCAGCUGACACUGCCAUAAUUCAUUAUUGAUGUGAGCUGGUGCAGAAACUAAAUGACAAUUGUUACCAUCUAUACUUCAUUUUUGCUCCUAUUUUGGUUUACCAAGGCUGUUCUAACUAGAGGAUGACUUUUUAUUUGUAUAGAAAAGCAGCUAACUGUAUGCUAUAAAGGUGUAGAUGAGACUGUUUUUCUCAUUAGCAUCUCUCGAAGUGAUUCAUGUUUACAGCGGGGUGAGGCAGUCUCUCAGAGUUUGCCUAUUUCAUUUUUCCAGGCCAUACAAACUCAACUCAUUACCAACAACUUUACACCUAAUCCUCUGUCCCCUGACUGUAAUUUCUUGCAAUGAUACUGAUAACAUAGGCUAUAUGUUAUGAAAAUAGUACAUGGGCUGCUGAACUUCUUUUUCUGAUCUCAGAUAGGAUAUAGUCUAAUUUGCUCUGUAAGUUAUACUUAUCUCUAGCUCUUAGUGCUGUGCUGAUCGUUAGGUUUUGUCGUUCAUAACACAUAGUUCUGUUCUCAGCUCCCCUUUAUCUGUUAAAGUCGUAAUGUGUACUCUCUCCAAUGAGGAACGCCUCUGUAGCAGAAUAAGUGACUUACUAUUGCAUAUGCCUUGCCAUUUCUUGUAACAUCAUUAAGACUAACAACGUAUCAGGCAGUGCCUAGAACUUUUUUGUUCUGGAGUGAGUGGUGGCAUUUCUUACGGGUGUUGCAUGAUAUAUUGCCAAAGUUCAUUUUCUAACAGCAAUUUAUCUAGGUUCAAAGAUCUUUGGCUUUCGGUGCUAUGCAGAAGGUCUGUUUGACAUAGUCGGGCUGUGGAGUAUUUCGGAGUUGGAGUCAAAGAGGCCAGAGGUCAGUAAACUGGGAGCCAAAGCAUGGACAGCGAUCAAAGGCUUUGCUCAGGAUAAAGUGGAUGAAAUCUAACGAAGCGUCCACACAGGGAACAUCAGUGGCUACAUACUCAUUAUGUAUCCCUAUUACAAAAUGGUUGGAAGUUUGUCCCUGUUCAGUGCUAUUGCGGUUGACUUCUCUUCCUUCUAGCCAGAAUAUGCAGUAGUGAUAUGAAGUUAUUCUGCCAGGAUCGCUGUUUGUCAGGAUCGCUGUUUGUUUUUUGAUAAAAGAGAAUCUAUUCCAGUUCUGUGGGGCUUUGUAGGUUGGUUUUUGACCCAAUGUAUAGCUUUAUGACCCUCCGUAGUUCUUUUGAAGAAUUUUUUAGCACAGCAAAUUUAAAUUCAAGAGAGUCGGUGAGCAAGAUUGCGGCUUGACAGUGUCUAAAGCUUAAUAUAUAGAUUUUAAAAGUUUUUAGUUAGCGAGGAUAAUGGCGUUGAUGUAUGUACGGCCCACUUAUUUGAGCCAGUAUAUUGAACAGAGAAUGAAACUUUUGCAGAAUUGGUGAGCAGUGCAGUACCUAGCCUACAUUACAUUGCAUGCCCUGUGUUUGUGCUAGUGGGUUUCAUUUAGAAAUUUUAUGAGGGCAUCAUAAAUCAUUAGCAUUUAGCAAGUAGUCGACCACAAAGCAGAAUGGCAUGUUAACAUUCCAAAUCGGCAAACAGCAACAUGACUUAUGGUACAAGUUGUUUCCGGGGCCUGCUUUCUGCUGUCUGUGAUGACAUUCUUAGUUCCUUAGCUUGAGAGAGCUAGAGACAGUAUGUGGAUGAAAGUCUUUACUUAGCAAUAUGUUCCAGACCCUGCCUUAUUUGGGUUUGUAGCACUUUUGUGCUGUUUCGUGACUCUGUAGUUGCAGCUAAGUGUAUGCUGUGUGGUUCCUUGUAGAGUCUGGUUUUCUCACAAUGCAAUGAACUUUGAGGGAGCUCUCUCAAAAGGUCUAGUUGCAGGUGUUUACUUGGUAACCACAUGGCAGUCUACUCAGCUUACUGUAGUGCUGUUGUAAGCACUUGUUUCUCAUGUGUUUCUUUCUCCACUAAGUACUUUUUGUUUUACAGGCUAGUCGACGGUGUAUAUUCAAGUAACAUAUCUUCUUUAUCUCUUUGUAUAUAGGGUCACACUAGUUUAUUAGAAGGUGACACCAGCCUGUUACACUUGAUUAUUGAGUGACAGUGAUUUAGUGGGUGUAAGUGUGCAUGCAUUUUGAUGAUGGUACGCAGUUAGUGAGCGACAUCUGUGCUUGCUGUGGUUGCAAGCGGAGCACCGCAUUUUGCUGUGGAAAAGUAUUGCUAAGCAUCCUCUUUGAGACUUGUGACAGGCUUGUUUACACCUUGUAUAGAUGCCUUAACGUAUUUUGCUGAACUGUACCCAAGAUAUUUGUGCAAGUAUUUUUGCAUUUUUGUAGAAUUAUGCAACUGCGUUUUGCAAGAAAAGAAAGAAUAUGCAAGACAUGCUCACUGAAUGGAUCCUGCCUCUCAUCCUUGAGUCAUUAUUUGUGACGAUUAUAGUUACGACCCUGUACCCUGAAUAAAUAUUGUCAGUGAGUGACUCA